AUGUCGGUUUUUCCACUGGCUCAGCACAUUGGCAAAGGGUUGGACAUGUGGGAGGGGGUGAGGGUGAGUGAGGGCACCAUGGACUCGGAGUCAGCCCGGACACCUCAGCCCCAGAUGGCCCUUUCUAAAGAAGACCGCUCCCUGCUGCCUACUGGGGCUCUGAAUUCUACGCUGGGCCAUCAAGGGAAGCACUAUGUCUGUGGCUCCAUUGCAGCUUUUACCAAUAUCAUGGUGACCUUCCCUAUCCAGAAGGUGCUGUUCCGCCAGCAGCUGCAUGGUGUGUUGGCGGGGGAGGCAGUGCGGCAGCUCCAGAGGGAGGGGCUGAGUAAUCUUUACCGGGGCCUGUUGCCCCCACUGCUCCAGAAGUGCACCACGGCGGCCAUCAUGUUUGGCCUGUACGAGGACUUCUCUCGAGUCUUGUUGGACCGGGCUGAUAGCAGUGGUGUGCCGGAGCUGGCCACAAGAAGCUUUGCUGCAGCAUUGGCAGGAUCUGCAGAGGCCUUCCUGACGCCAUUUGAGCGUGUGCAGACUCUCCUACAAGACCAUCGGCACCACGGCCGCUUCAACAGCACAGCCCACACCUUCCGGAUGCUUCUGGCUGGGUAUGGUGUCAGAGAGUGCUACCGUGGCUUUGUGCCUAUACUCCUCCGUAACAGCCUCAGCAAUGUGCUCUUCUUUGGGCUCCGGGGGCCCAUUAAAGAGCACCUCCCAGAAGCCACUAGCCGAGGAGGUCACAUGGUGAAUGAUUUUGUGUGUGGAGGGGUGUUGGGGUCCACCCUGGGCGUUAUGUUCUAUCCAUCAAAUGUGGUGAAGUCCCGGGCCCAGUCUCAGGUUGGUGGACCCUUCCAGUCUUGCAGAAAGGUGCUGCUGACAGUGUGGAGAGAGAGGGGGGGGAGUGUGGCCAUGCUCUACAGAGGGGCUCACCUCAAUUACCACCGAUCACUCCUCUCCUGGGGGAUCAUCAACGCCACCUAUGAGCUGCUGAAAAAGGAAAUAAUGAAUUAA